UUCUCUCCAAUCCUGGAUUGCUCAUCCGCUUGCUUCGCCGAUCGCCAUCACCAUCGCCUAUAAAAGCAACCAAUCCCCCGGUUUGCCCCUUUCGUGAACCUGUCAUCCCCCGCUCCGCUCUCUCGGUUCCCAGUUCCCCACAGCCCCACCGCAAGAAACCACGCCAUCGGAAGAGAAGAGAGGACACGAGCGAGCAGCAGACAGCGCUAGUGAGGCAGUCGGCAAGAGGACGUGGAGACGGAGGCGUCCAUGGAGGGGUGGCCACGCUGGCGAGAGCACAGGAACAGAGGCAGCCGUUUCAGGGCGGAGAUCGAGAUGGACAGGGGGUCCUCCGCCAUUCUUCCCAGGGGGUCGGGGUUCGGGUUCGCCGCCGCAGUGCGAGAGCCGCUGGUGAAGCUGCAGCGGCCCAAGUACGAGUUCGAGAGGUGGGAUUGGGGCUACUUCGCCUGGCCUCACGACCGUCUCGACGCCAAUAUUGAGAUGAGGGACAGUGACCCGGAGGCGACACUUGAGGCGGACAGGAAGGCGAGCGAGAGCUUCCUGAACCGGAGCAUGCUGCUGCUGGAGAGGUAUGCGAUGCACCAGCACGCGCAGGAGGAGUAUGCUGCAGCCUGGCCUCGCAACCAGCUCGACGUCAAUCUGGAGAUGAGGGGCAGUGACGCAGAGGCAACACUUGAGGCAGAUUGGAAGGCGGGGGAGAGCUUCCUGAGUGGGAACACGCUGCAGCUGGAGACGUGUGAGACGGAUCAGCGCACGCAGGGGCGGCACAAAGAGCAGGAGAAAGAAGAAGCCGAGCUCCGGACAUCCCUGCUCGUUGACGACAAGCCCGUAGCCGUAGGACGCAGAUCGACACGGCGUCGCCGUGGGUGCGCAGAAGCUAACCGGAUCAUGCAUCAUGGCGGCGCAAUGCAGGGUUCCUGGGCUUGUUAGCUACACACCAUCUGGUUGCUCCCAUGCCUUGGGCUGCAUGCACUUCGAGUUUGAUAGAAUACAUCAGUACAUCUGGCCUGAUAUGGCUUUCAGUUUCAGCUCGUCGGCCGUUAGGAUAGAACUACCACAGAGAUGUUUUUCCGUAUC